UCGAAUUCAGUAUCAAACAAUAAAUAAAACCGCACGCAUAUAUUAUCAAGUUUACUAUUCUUGAAAUAAAUAUAAAGUUAUUGUGUUCGGCUGUUACUGUUAUCUUAAAGAAGCACAAGCAAAUAAAUUGUAACAGAAAUUUCACCAAAUUUGUUAAAUUCUAAAACCAAAGUUUUAUUAAAAACCUAAAAUGUAAACCUUUUUUCCAUUUGGAUACCCCAAACAAUGGACAGCUACAGAUUCGGCACUGUUGACUACAUCGUGCUCGUGGGCAUGACCAUAUUAUCCACCGGAACGGGACUCUAUUUUGGAGGCAUCAAGAAAACCAGCAAACAUAUAGAUGAUGUGGAACUGACUAAUAUCGCGAAAGGCAAGAGUCUUAAACAAAAUUUUGGGUCGGAUAAGAUAGACGAAUAUCUGAUGGGCUCCCGUAACAUGAAUGUGGUCCCCGUUUCCAUUAGUCUUAUAGGGAGCUUUGUAUCGGGCGUUACCAUAAUGGGCAUACCAUCAGAGAUCUAUCACUACGGCACACAGUACUUUCUUGUUAUCAUGCCAAUUAUUCUCCAGGGAAUUGCUAUAUCCUAUAUUUAUUUACCCGUGUACUCGGCUCUCAAGGUUCAUUCUGCAUACCAGUAUUUGGAGAUGCGUUUUAACUCGAGUGUAAGGACCAUAGCUUCCUUUAUGUUUAUUUUUAGUACCGUAUCCUAUAUGCCAUUCGUUAUAUAUGUUCCGGCGUUAGCUUUGAAUCAGGUUUCUGGUCUCAAUUCUCACCUGAUAGAAGUGUUAAUUGUGCUGGCGUGUGUUUCCUACACUCUAAUGGGCGGUCUUAAGGCUGUGGUCCACACAGAUGUUUGGCAAAUGGUAGUUAUGUUUUUUUCCGUUACCGCCGUUGCUGUUUUCGCCUUGUUAUAUUCCAAUGGCUUUGGUGCUCUGUUCGAGGAUGUGGAAAAGGGAGGACGCCUAAUAUUGGCCAACACGAAUGCCUCACCUUAUGUUCGCCAUACCCUUUGGAGCGUUCUCAUCGGGGGCUUCUCAUAUUGGACCUCUAUCAAUGUCACGAAUCAAGCGAUGGUUCAGCGUUAUAUGUCACUGCCUUCGCUGAAAAAAUCCCGAGAUUCCCUGUACCUUUUCACCGUUGGAAUAACUAUCUUCGUUGCUCUUUGUUGUUUUUUAGGAUUGCUGAUCUUUGAGAAGUACAAGGAUUGCGAUCCUCUAAGUGCAGGACUUAUCGCGCAUGACGAUCAACUCCUGCCCCUGUUUGUGGUCGAAACUGUGGGUCACAUCUAUGGAAUGCCCGGAUUGUUUAUUGCUGGGAUAUUUGGCGCUGGCCUAAGUACACUCUCUUCCUGUUUCAACACCGUUGCAUUGGUGUUUCUGGAAGAUAUAGUUCGGGGAUGCCUGAAGUUACAACCCAGCGAGAGAGUAUCCACCAUUCUGAUCAAGUCGAGCAUUGUCUUCCAAGGAGUUAUGGCAUUUCUCCUUGUAUUUCUGAUACGGGAGCUGAGAGGAGUCCUUAGUGUUUGCAAUUCAAUAGCGUCCAUCACAGCUGGUACUGCUUUGGGCAUAUUUACCCUAGGAAUGCUGGUUCCUUGGUCGAAUACUGUAGGCACGGCGACCGGAGGGAUCAUAAGUAUAAUUCUGGCAGCCUGGCUAUCCUUUGGAUCGCAAAUCGCUGCAGCACUUGGCCAAUUAAGCUCCCAAAUGCUUCCCGUGUCCGUAGAGGGAUGUUUAGGAAAUGUGACCACCCCACAAAAACACUGGGUGGAUCAAGAGGAAGUCUUUCCAUUGUACCGUCUAUCCUAUCACUGGAUAAAUCCCAUUGGAGUUGUCACUACCGUUGUGGUGGGAGCCCUGGUGUCCCUCGUGACUAAACCCACCGAUAUAAAGACUAUUAAUUCGAAACUGAUAUCGCCAGUGAUCCACAGAUUUCUUCCAAGAGAGUGCUUUAGGGAUCUGCAUUUCAAUGAGGAAAGCCUUAAAAAAGUCUUUAAGUAAACCUUCUAUAACACCCUUAUUAUUGGGGAAUUUGCUUGUUAUUUUAUUUCCUCUUUUAGUUCAAUGUUUGUUGUACAAAAACCACUACGUGUAUUUUAUUUAAGAGUUUCAUGUAAUUUUAUAAUAAAUAAAUGCUUAUAUUUUAA